AUGAUUGUUGAUUAUGGUGAUUUUGGCGACGUAAUUACAUUUGACACAACUUAUGGCACAAACAAAGAAUUGAGGCCCUUUGGCGUGUUCACGGGAUUUAAUCAUCACAGGCAAAUGGUAAUUUUUGGUGGUGCACUUUUGUAUGAUGAGACUGCUGAUUCUUUUGCUUGGUUUUUUGAAACAUUCUUGAAUGCUCAUGGAGGUAAAGAGCCGCAAACCAUUUUUACAGAUCAAGAUGCGGCUAUGGCGAAUGCUUUGGCAAAAGUAUUGAAAAAUACACGACACAGGCUUUGCACGUGGCACUUGAAUCAAAAUGGGAUCAAACAUUUGGGUUGGUGCAUGAAAGACGACUCUUCAUUCUUAACGGAGUUUAAGAGACAGUUUGAUAGAGUUGUUGAUGAAAAAAGAGAGCGGGAGCUUAAAGCCGACUUUGAUGCGAGACAGAAAGUACCUCCACUUGAAUCAUAUGAUUCUUUGUUGUUGAUGCAAGUGUCACAGUUGUACACUCCUGAGAUUUUUACACUUUUUGAGAUUGAACUUCGUGCUGCUUUAAGAAAGUACCUCCGCAUGAAUAUGUGGUUCGUCGUCAUGGUUCAAGAGAAAAUGAUAUGA